AUGGAGAGAGACACACUGCAUGCUCUAAUAAGAGAAACCCAGUUCUUCCAGGAGUCGAUAAACAGCAUAAAAAAGAACGUGGACACUGCCAAGACAUCUGUGAGCACGAUUUCGCUGAGCAUUUCAUCGCUUUCCAGGAUAAAAAAUGACAGUCUUGUGCGGUCUUCGUCCACAGCCCACAUAAACAUGGAGUACACGCGCAAGCUGCUCUCGAAGGUAAAGCACUUUGGCGCAAAGUACAGCAGGCUCCUAGAUGAAAUAAAGGCCAGCACGGAAAGCGUCUCCACUGGCAGCCUUCUGUCGAUUUACAAAGAAAUUAAAGAGAUGAUAGGCCUGCGAAACUCAACGCCUGAAAUUACUGAGAAAAUAUCUGUGCUAGAAAGCCACUUCGAAAUACUUGUGCUUACUCUGAUAGACUCACUCCCUGAAAUCAUCAAGAAAGACGGCGUUAUUUCUUACAUGAAAAUAGCAAAAGUCUCGAUCAAUGAGGGAGGCCACAUUAAAAACAUGAACGGAAGGAAAGAGCUCUUCAGCGGAGUCUGUGACAACAGCCUGAUUACGUGCAACCUAGACAGAAGCAGAAUAUUUGAAGUGUUUCUGGGGUCGAUAGAAAGACGGUUUAACGAACACUUUGCGCCUGAGCACAAUAAAAUGAUAAAGACCGAUGCGCUGUCCUUCAUUUUAGAGGACCUCGUGCUCCUGAAGGAGACAGAUGAUUUGGACAUUCCUUCCAACUACAAAAUCUUUUCGUUCUCCUGCAUUCAGUACCACAGACUGCUAUACGAAAACUUAGACAAAAAUAGCAACACGUUCGACCCAAAUGAAGCCAUAGGAAUUCUCCUGUGGAGCAAAAAGUACUACGCGCAGAUGGAGGAAAUGGAAAAGCCAAAAAGAGUCCUGGGCCCUGUGCUGUUCUCGGGAAGAGAAAAAGAUCUGGUGGAUAAGUACGUCAAAGCAGCAGAAGACAAGCUAAGCGAGUGGAUAAGCAACCUGGCACACAUGGAGAGCAAGAGGUUUAAAGAAAGAAAAAAGGCUCCUGACUUGGACAGCGAGAAUAAGUUUAUAAGCAUUGGAUUCAUGGAUCUGCUGCACAUAAUAAGGCAGCAGCUGGAGCCCAUCUACACGCAUCCCGAGAUAUUCAGAAAAGUGUCUCUGCACAUUCUGAGCUGCGUUAAAAAUUUUAAGAAAACCCUAACGGACACAAUAAUCGAGGAGCUAGAUGCUGUGCUGAAAGAUAAAGCGCACAACGGAUUUGAAGAGUACUGCAUUGCCCUAUCAAACAGCGGGCUCAAGUUCAUGGACUGUCUGCACUCUUUAUCCUUCUACAGCGACAAAAACAUGCAGCUGAUUAGCGAAGUGUUCUACGAAUGCAUGGUCUCUGCGAAUGAUGCCCUCGCCAGGAACAUUUCUUCUGUUAUAGAGCCGGCUGUGGAUAACAUUUUCACCGAGAAGUGGAUAGAAGAGCCCGUCACACAGAGUAUUAUCUCUACGUACAGCGACUAUCUGGCAGACUACCAAGAGAGCAUGAUAGACUACUCUUUUACCUUUUUUGUUUCUUCUCUUUUAGAGAGAACCGUGCAGAUGUACUUCGACAAGCUGUGCAAAAAAAGAUCGAUAUUCACAAAAGAUCAUUUUUCCAUUCUGGCAACAGACAGGAAGAAGUACAGAGAAUUUUUCAGCAAGUAUUUGGCAAAAAGUGUGCUGAAAGAGAUGCUCAAGCCAAUGGACUACUUCAUAUCGAUCACGUCCUCGGAUAAUGUGAGCCUGUGCGUAUCAGAAGUGAAAAUGUACCUGAAAGAAUGCCCGCACGAAACAAAAGAAAGACUCUCGAGAGUCCUCAGAAAGAUGCCCGGCGGAAACAGAGAGUUCAGCAAGGAAGUGAUGAACAGAAUAUAA